AGCAUCACUGUGAUCCGAUGCGGUAUCCAGAUGAAGAUCUUUGAGAUCCUUGAGGAUAGCGGGAAGCCAAUGUCUGUUGCAGAAGUCUCUACCAUCAUAAAAGCGGAAGAUAUUUUGAUAGCCCGAAUUCUUCGUUGCCUUGCCAGCUACGGGAUCAUCACCGAGACUGGCGUGAACGAGUUUCAACGCAACAACGUCUCUGGACAUCUGGCGCAGCCAGGAAAUGCCGCUGCGAUCAAACACUACUUUGACGCAUGUGGACCCAUGUGGCCCGCUCUCCCAACGUUUCUCGAGAAACAGGGCUACAAAAAUCCCACUGAUAGCCAUAACACCGCCUGGCAAGAAGGCGUCGGUUGCAAGGAGAGCUGUUUCGAAUGGACGAUGAUAAAUCCCUCAGCUUUUGAGACCUUCAACAUCUACAUGGCCGCACGUCGUCAGAACCAGGCUACGUGGUUUGACGCUUACACAGUGUUGGAAGACGUGAGCAAGGAUGACCCAAAGCUCACAUCUGACCGCGUUCUUCUGAUCGACGUCGGUGGUGGGCUGGGCCACCAAGCCUCGGAUUUCCGCGCAAAUUUCCCGGAACUACCAGGCAAGGUCAUCAACAUGGACUUGCCGUUUGCGGUGGAGCAGGCAAAGUCGAUGUCUGGUCCUGGUGUGGAACACAUCGGGCACGACUUCUUCAAGCCUUAACCUAUCAAGGGCGCAAAAUACUACUACCUCCGUGCAGUGCUCCACGACUGGCCCGACGACAAAU